AUGACGACUCAUCUAGUUGCCAUUGCAAAAGCCACUUUCUCAGCUGGGCUUUUGCGACCAGAUCCCACCUCCGUCCACCGCGAUGAGAUCGCCUUUUUCCAAGAAUCACUCGACCGCGUAGUGACGCACUGCUCUUCAGGAAACAUCCAGACUUGCACAUCGUGGCUUCUGAAAAAUGUGAUCCCUUCGUCAACAAGGAUUGGGGCUCUAGGCAAAUACCUUGUUACUCUAUCUGGAUCCUUCGAACAUGGUGGUAAAUCACUGGUUGCUGGACAGGGAGCGACUGAGCGCCCAAAGAAUUCUUCAAAACGGAAACGAUUGCAUAUCUUAUAUUUGCUAAAUGACCUGUUGCAUCACACAAAAUACCAUGAACAGACAACGUCCGCCUUUUCAAACCUCAGUGGUUCCCUUCAACCUUUUUUAGUUGAUCUUAUUAGCCUGGCAGCAAGCUUUGGACAUGAGAACAAUCCAAAACAUCACAAACGAUUGAGCGAUCUUCUGGAUAUAUGGGCUAGUAACAGUUACUACAGCGGCGAUUAUAUAAACAAACUCCGUGAAACGGUGGAUAAUUCCUCUUCUCCUGACUUGCUGAAUGCAAAAUCUGCUUCCAAUGGCCUCGAUUUAGAUACACCGAACAAGACCUCUCCAAGGGACGCUCCCUACAUAAUGCCAGCGACGCAUGGAGACCCGUCCGCGCCAUAUCAUGAACUCCCAGCGGGGAACCUAAUGCCACAUAUAAUUCCCAACUCAACAGUCCCAAUCCGACCACAAGCAGUAAAGCCUCUUCAGUUUCUUGCAGGACCUGCAGAUGAGUCUCUAGCCACCGCAGUGAAAAACUUUCUAAAUGACGUGGACAAAAUUUAUAACCCAAAUGGGGAUUCGUUGGAUGGGAGAAUUGAUGUAGAGAUUGAUGAACUUGGCCAAGCAGUUUUCCGCGACCCAUCAACGGGAGAAGUUGUCGACGGGGAAACAUACUAUGGUUGGUCACGUUCAUUCUGCGAGAAUAUGAAGAAAAGGAGAGAUGGUACCCUUGGGCGUCGGAGCCCAAGUCAAAGUCUCAGCCCCAACCGGAGCUACAGCGCAAAGAGACGGCGACGAUAUAGCGAUAACAUCACUGGUGAUGACAGGGGACGCUCUAGAUCGCCUGGUUCAUCCAUAUCUGACAGCCGCAGUCGAAGCGCCUCGUACUCGCGCUCCCUAUCCCGCUCCCGUUCCCGCACGACGCUGCACCGCUCAGGACGCCCAAGAUCACGGUCAAGAUCGAAAUCUUACUCUCCUCGCCCAUUAUCACCACCUCGCAUUCCUUCGAAGCACCAGAAUGCGCUUUUCCCUCCCCCAGGAACAACUCCACAUAUCCCUCUUCCACAAAUGCCAUACCCCUUCCGUGGCUCGCAACAAUUACCACCUCCCCACCCUCCAACGGUACCCGGUCCUGGUGGUAUGUUCAUUCCCCCACCUCCUCCAAGGCCUCCAGGCUAUCAUGGAGCCUGGCCGCCGCCGCCACCACCUCUUCCUCAACAUUCGAGCACGACGCCACCAUUCCCACCACCUCCACCCCCAUUGCCUAUGACCAUGAGCUACCCAGGCUUCCAACCUCCUGCUGGUGCCGUUGCGCCACAAUACCCUCCUAAUCCACAUCCACCCUACCUGCCACAAUCUGGAUCUUACCAUUCCCCGAGCCCCCAUACGACCCAGGGACCGGGGCCUGGCCACCAGCCUUAUCCUGGUGGAGAUGCGAAUGAGUCUCGGGAAAGUGGGAGUCGGGGAAAUGAUGCGAGUGGAAGAAAAGGCUGGGGGAUGGGAGGUUGGUAUUGA